UUUUUUUCAAAUUGGUCUCAACAAAUUUCGCUACUGCUCUCCCGAAACCCUCGUCAACUCAUCCGGCGACAACACACGGCGGCGACAAGCAUGAAAGUGGUGGCGUUGGUCAGCGGCGGCAAGGACAGUACCUAUGCAAUGAUGAAAUGCGAGCACUAUGGCCACCAGAUAGUGGCGCUGGCUAAUUUGAUGCCGGUUGAUGAAGCUCAAGAUGAGCUUGAUAGUUACAUGCAUCAUGGCCUUAGCUACAAUAUGACCCCUGGGGAUGAGGUUGAAGACAUGUUUAUCCUUCUAAAAGAAGUAAAGCGGCAGAUACCAUCUGUAAAUGCAGUCUCAUCAGGUGCAAUUGCGUCUGACUAUCAAAGGCUGCGUGUCGAAAGUGUAUGUUCAAGGUUAGGGCUUGUCUCGUUGGCAUAUUUGUGGAAGCAAGAUCAGUCAUUGCUCCUUCGCCAAAUGAUACAAAGUGAGAUUAUUGCAAUCACGGUCAAGGUUGCAGCCAUUGGGUUGGACCCUUCAAAGCACUUGGGAAAGGAAAUAGCACAGUUGGAGUGCCACCUUCACAAGCUGAAAGGCUUAUAUGGGAUAAAUGUAUGUGGUGAAGGAGGAGAAUAUGAAACACUAACUCUUGACUGCCCCCUCUUCAAAAAUGCUCGAGUUGUGCUUGAUAAAUCUCAAGUUAUCUUACAUUCAUCAGAUCAAAUAGCUCCUGUAGGUGUACUUCAUCCCCUGGAAUAUCAUUUGGAGAAGAAGUCGGUUUCAUUAUCUAACGACAAAAGUAAUGAAUUAUCCGUUGGAGAAUUUGGUUCAGUAUGUGAAGUGUUGGGGGAUUGCUUGGGUAUUGUUGAAGCCCCAUGCAAGAAAAAUGAUGUAAAUUGUCACUUAGCAUUAGAUACAAAACGAGAACUUCACAUCUCAAAAUCUAGGAUGAAUGGGACUUUUUCGAUUGCUUGCUGGCUGCCAGAUGGCUCUCAGACCUCAGCAGAUGUGAGGGAAGACCUCGAGGUGGUUUUAACAAAAAUUGAGGUGCUGCUUAAUGAACAUGAUUGCUCCUGGGAGAAUGUUCUCUAUAUACAUCUAUAUAUUGCUGAUAUGAAUGAGUUUGCACCAGCAAAUGAUCAAUAUUUGAAAUUUAUUACACACGAGAAGUGUCGGUUUGGUGUGCCAUCACGUUCUACAAUAGAACUUCCUCUGCUGCAAGCUGGUUUGGGGAGAGUGUAUAUUGAAAUCUUGUUUUCGAAGGAUAAUACUAAAAAUGUUUUGCAUGUUCAAAGUAUUUCCGAGUGGGCUCCUAGUUGUAUUGGCCCAUACAGUCAGGCAACCUUGCAUACGAACGUUUUGCAUAUGGCUGGCCAAUUGGGACUUGACCCGCCAACAAUGUUGCUCCGUGAAGGGGGUCCCGCAUUAGAGUUUCAACAAGCAUUAGCGAAUGCAGAGGCUGUUGCAAAAUGUUUCAACUGCUCGAUAUCGACAUCUGCUGUUGCUCUCAUCAUUUACUGUUCGAAAUCUUUGAGUCCUACUGAUAGAGCAUGCAUCGAGAAUCAGAAGAACGUUAGUCUUGCAGAAAUGAAGUUGCAGUCAUUAAGUGGAAGCCAUUCCAGAGUGCCUGCGUUGGCCGAUCCUGUUGUUUUAUACAUUCUUGUUCCGGAUCUACCCAAAAGCUCUCCUUCGUGCCAACAACAUAUUCGAGUUUCACGAAAAAAUUCCGACGAUAAGGCUUCCAAUUUUCCGGUCAAAGCUCGUAGAUCUACAAAUUUUAUCCGGCUCUUUCGCAAAUUCCCGGUGACUCGCUUUGACCCACGUGAAUCCGAAGUUGGCCGGCGGCGGGUGGCAGUUGGACCCGCCGGCGGCGGCGAGUGGCGGUUGAGACACAAUUGCAACACUUAUGAAAGAGCUGUAGUGGAAGUAAAACCCCUGCUUUACAAUAGGGAGAAUCUGGAGACUCCAACAGGUUCCACCAAAAAAGUUGUUUGCACGAGACAAGCAUACUGGGGAUUUCAGCCUGAAAGCUGGCAUAACGAUUGUCUGCAGAAAUGUACCGUUAGCGGAAGAAUAUGUGUAGCUGUCGUGUCCAUCACAAAGGAAAUAGCAACAAAGAUCUGUUCCGACAAUAUUAGCAACGAGCCAACUAAUCAAGUGAAUACUGAUAAGCAAUUGUCAAAGAUGGCAGAAUUUUGCAUCUAUCUUCUUGAUAGUGUUCUUCUAGAAGAUGAUAUUUCUUGGGAUGAUGUGCUGAAUUUGCGGAUCUAUUUCACGGCAAGUCCUCACGCCAGCCAUGGACUACUUUCGAAAAUCUUCACCAAUGCAUUCAAUGAAUUUGGCGAGAUGAGCAAAAGAAUCGACAGUAAUGAUAAAGGGCCGAUAUUCAACCUUGUUCCCGUCUUGGGUGCUGGGAUGUCUCUAACAUCCAUGGACGAAAGUAUAUUUACAUGGCAAAAAUCGAUCAGCAAGUCGAUGGGCAACAUCGUCAAGCUCCUUGAGUCGUCCCUCGUCAAGACCAUCACGCUAGAUUCUGAAUCUCACAAAGGGCUCGAACCCGAAUUCGAGCAACUAUUAUUGGUCAAGGGUGCCGCCAUCAAGCGCGAGAAGGUGACGGAUAACAUGAACUGUAUGGGCCCCACCUGCUUGUCCGAUCAAGCCAUCGGCUUCACAAACUGGAAGAGCGGUUGUGGACGUCGCCCUUACCUACGACGUUGUUGCGUGUUUGUUCCGUGGUUCGAAAGUGACAAACUUAAUUGA